AUGGCCCAACAACGCUUACCAAAGCCAAGAUCUACACAAGAGAACCUGAGGACAUCCCUAUGGUCACAGAAAGACGUUCAGGAAGCAUGUCUAAUGCGUUAUUUCGUAGACGAGCUUGCACAAUGGUUCGAUACAUGUGAUCCCUCUAAGCACUUUGCUAAGGUUGUUCCUCAACGGGCAGCGAAUUGCCCAGCGCUCCUAUAUGCAAUCUUUUCCGCUUCCGCAAGACACCUCAGCCGAAGUCAGUAUCUACGAACCAAUGAGGUAUUGUGUUUGGGGAAGAAAUUACCCUUUCUUGGGGACGAGGCUGCGUUAGAGUACCAAAGUUUGUGCAUAUCACACCUCAUGAGUUUGUCUGGGAAUCCCGCCGAAGUGGCAGAUGAGAACCUCUUGGCGGCAGCGGUAAUUCUGCGCUUCUAUGAAGAGGUCGAUUUACCCCUUGUAGGGGUCGACGAUGAGACUUACUUGCGAGGAGUGCAAGUAUUUCUGGACGCUCAGGGCGCAGUCGCAGUGAGGGACGGUGGCCUCCGGCUGGCUGCAUUCUGGGUAGGUAUACGCCAGGAAUUCCACACCUCGUUCAUCAAACAACGUAUCUUCCAAUUUGACCUCAGUUGCUGUGAUCACUCGACCUAUAGGUUACUCGACCAAGCAGAUGACCCCACAUGGGCCAAUCGAGUCAUUCUGCACUGUGCUCACACGCUGAUGUACUGUUACGACGAGAGGAGCCAUACGAUGAAGGAAUAUGAACAGCUCUGGGAUUAUAAUCAAGGGUGGAAUCGAAUGGCACCACCGACAUUCAAUCCGAUUUAUCUUCGACAGCCAGAUAGGUCGAAGGACGAGGUGUUUCCAGAAUUGUGGUUCUUGGAUGAUUGCAUCGUGACUGCCAUUCAACACUGGCACCUUGCGAGGAUUCUACUUACUGCAUUCGACCCCAGAGUCCCCCGUCUAGGGCCGGGUAGGCGAGCAGCAGUCGGACGAAGAGAGGCCGAAAUCAAAGAAAGCAUGUUUAUACUCUGUGGCAUUGCUCGGUCGAAUAAAACAGCGCCUGCCCUUAUCACGGCAUGCAUGGGAGUUUCGAUGUGUGGAGAUCGGAUAACGGAUCGUUUAGAGCAAGAAGCGCUACUUGGGAUCUUGACCACGACCGAAGAGACCCACGCCUUAUCAACUACCAAGGCACAGGUACAGCUUCGAGAGGCCUGGGGCUGGAUUCAUUCCGAUGGAGAGUUUCCCAGCACAAAAUUAGCAUAG